AUGGCCUUAGCUAAAAAGAAAGUUUUAGUGUAAAGUAAUUCUCACUUGUCAGUUUAUAUCGGCCUUUAAACAGCUGGGUGUACGAUUCAAUUUAUUUUACCUGAAUACAAUUCUGAUUAUGGAGUUUUUCUUCCUAUUACAGCCAAUCAAAUUUAAAAUCUACUCUAGGACUCACCAGAUAUUGAAGCUAUAUAUCUAACUUCUCCAAAUCAUGAAGGAUUCUAAUGUAAUUACCAAGAAAUUAGGAAUGUUAUGGGUGAUUCCCGUAUUCUAGUAAUAGAUGAAGCUCAUGGAUCUCACUACUACUUUUCAAAAGAUUUGAAGCAUAAAUCUGCUCUUAAUUCCGGAGAUAAAGUAGUAGAUGCAGUUGUGACUAGCAUUCAUAAAAACUUAGGAGGCCUCACAACAUCUCCAAGCCCCUUUCUAGUUUUGGAUGCAGAGUGUUGUGUUAGAGAGUUUGUUGAAAAUGGUGAUGAGAUGAUAUUAAGAGCAGUCAGACUUAACAAAAAGUUUAGGAGAGCUAUUUAAAAAUUUCAAUAUGUAAAUGUACUAGAAUAGCAAGGGUAGGAUCCAACUAAGACAAUAUUUAAAAUUGAAGGAAUUAAAGCAGACGAUCUGUAUCAUUUGUUAGAUAAAUAUAGGAUUAAUCCUGAGAAAUAUACAGAAAAAGCUGUGUUGAUAACUAUACAUAUAAACAUUAGUGAAUAAGAUGUAGAAGAUCUAAUUGAAGCUGUGAAACUGAUAUCUAUUGAAUAUGGAAGAAUCGAGGAGAAGAGAGAUAGUUAAUACCUUAUAGAAUAAGAGAAAAUUAAUUAAAGGCUUACAAAUCUCUUCAGGGAAAGAAAAAUCAUAAUGGACCUAAGAGAUGUAAUGGCAUCAAAAUUUGAGUAUGUUGCUUCCUUUAAGGCCAUUGGAAGAAUUAGUGCUGAAGUAAAAUCUAAAUCUCCUCCUGGAUAUCCAAUUUUAUUGUAUGGAGAAGUAAUAAAAGCAGAACACAUAGAAUUCUUAGAAAUGGAUGAAAAAUUAAAAGUAGUUAUAUGA